AUGCAGCUGGGGCUUCAUCGUCCAGUGCAGGCUGAGGAGUUUACGACGUUCCGGAUGGAAGGUCAAGGGGAGGCCGUAAAGGAUCGACUACAGACAUGGGUCAUAUGCAACAUCGUCGCCCAGAAUGUUGCCACGGGAUACGGACAACCGCCAGGAACGAUCUACGAUUGGGCUCUUGAACCGGCGUCUCUUCGGGAUGCGGAUUAUCACCCUUCAGAGGACUUGCGGACACGGCUACUCAUUGAAAAGUUCUGUGACCGAGUAACGAAAUCUCUCUACAGCAGCAGACCAGACCCUGCGGAGUUCAUCAGCUCGGAAAAGCUUCUGAUCUCGCAGCUUCUGGAAAAUGAGCUCCGGGAAAUGGAGCUUGACUUCGGCAGAAGUAUCUCUGCCAUAAACAUGAUUCAUCUGCGAGCUGCGGAAUUACAUUUGCGGUAUUUUGUGUUUCUGGGUUCCAACGCACGAAGUGACGACUUGACGAAGCUUUUCAUCGCGACCACGUCAUUCCUUGGUCGAGUAUUAGACCUUGAAACCUCGCCGGGCGAACUCAUUGGCCAUGCAACAAACUACAUCCUGCAAAUGAUUGUGUCAGCAGCAUUUGCGCUCAUGAAGCUAUUGAAAAGCGACUUCCGACGACACAUUGAUUUCGAGCACGGGAAAUUAUUAUUCAAUGGGGCCAUCUCGGCGCUGAGGAGGAUUAGUGUGAUGGACCACGACCGGCCUGUUCGCCUCGCAGAUAUUCUGGCGCAAAUGUGGAACGCUGGUGCUCCUGAGGAGUUCGGGGACGAUACUCUACUCCUAAAAGUACGAUGUCGCAUGAGCAUGAGUCACGUUUACGACACGGUUUGGCGCUGGCGGCACCGUUUCCGACCCUUGAAGAGCACCGAAGAUACCCAGGCCAUGGCCUCUAAUCCGAACGUCGCGACGGCGGCAAUUCCUCGGCAGCCGGACGGGUCCCUGGAGGAUCCGGGGUUGAUGUAUGCGCCGAACUUUGACCAGGAAGGGGCGUUCUUCAACGAGGCAGGGUUCUCCGAGGUUUUCGACUCCCUGAACUGGGUCUUUGAUGGGUUCCCUGAUACAUUUCCCGCCCCACCGGCCUUGUAG